CUUAAGCGGUCGGCGGUACUUGAAUGCAGAGUCCCCUGGAAAAGGCUGGAGAGUGGUCGUCGCCGCCUCACAGCCCAUGGUGGGAGCCUCCAGUGGUGCUCACAGUGCACACGUGGGAUUGAAGCUCGGAGUCGCCACCAGACCCGCCCAGGGCCGGGACAGGGACCGCCAUUCCUGCAGCGGCUUCUGCUCCCGCCCCGCUCCUCCCACCGAGUGCAAUGGAGGCGCCGGUGCUGAGGAGCUGGGCUGAGGUGAGUGUGUCCCCCGGGUCCUCCCCUCAUCGCUACUUAUACCGACAGGACAGCCCGGGUGCAGGCGCCUGUCCCGUCCUGCAGCUCAGUCCCGCGUGGAGGACCGUGAGGAAGGUGGAGGGGAGAGAGGAGUGUUGUGGCUUCUGAGGACACAGCAAGUGCAGAGCAGAGAGGACGGGGGUGACUUGCAUCUGAAGGUCCCUGAGGAUGUGGCUGUGAAUAUUGACGGAAAGAGCAGAGGCUGCAGGGAGGACGGCACAGACUAAUUCGGGGCUUUCCCGGCUGUGGGUCCAUCAGGGGCCUGGGGUGGUCCUGGAUCCGGCUGGACUACAAGCUCUCUACACGCCAUAUGCCAAGUUCAUGGGUUGGCGUGACCUUUGAGGACAUUGCCCUGUACUUCUCCAGGGAGGAAUGGAGCCUCCUUGAUGAGGGUCAGAGACAGCUGUACCUGAAUGUGAUGCUGGAGAACUUUGAACUUAUGUCCUCGCUGGGUUGCUGCUGUGGAGAAAAGAAUGUGGAGGCCACGACUGAACAAAAGAUUUCUAUUAGAUUUUCACAGGCAAGGAAUCCCAAGUUACCGUUGUCUUCCCAGAAGAGCCACCCCUGUGAGAAUUGUGGGCUAGUCCUGGGAAACAUUUUCCGCGUGAUGGAACUGCAGGAAACACAACACAGACAGAUUCUGUUGAGGUGUGGGGCAUGUGCAAAACGGUUUUAUUUGUGUGCAAAAUUUCACCAGCAGCAUGUGAGAGAGCAGACUUACAUAAGAGGCUUGGAAAGGAUGUCACUUGCAAACAGCUGCAAUUUCAGUGUGUCCCAGAAUCAUUUCACAUGCGGGGAGGUUGGGCAGAGUGUCCUUACGGGGUCAGGACAUCUCCACCUAAAGGAUACUCAGACCAGGAACAGUCCAAGUGCUAUUUUGAAGCGUGGGAUGAUGUUUCAAAGUAAAAAAAAUUAUUUCAGCAGAAAAGAAUGUAAGAAAGACAUCAGUUGCACCCACACGUUUAUUCUGGAAAAAGGUGUUUAUCUUGGAAGUGCAUGUGGUGUGUGCUCUGAAUGUGGAAAAUAUUGUACCAAAUUUUCUAGGUUUCAUUAUCAACAGAGAGAUCACACUGGAGAAAGGGCAUAUCACUGCAGUGAAUGUGGGAAAUAUUUUACCAGGAUCCGUGAUCUUCAUUGUCAUCAGAGAUUUCAUACAGGACAAAAGCCUUAUACAUGCAGUGAGUGUGGGAAAUCUUUUACCUGGAGCACUGCUCUUCGUUAUCAUCAGAUGGUUCACACUGAAGAAAAGCCUUAUAAAUGCAGUGAAUGUGGAAAAUCUUUUAAAAGUAGAAGUGGUUUCCGAUAUCAUCAGAGAGUUCAUACUGGAGAAAAGCCUUUUCAAUGCAGUGAAUGUGGAAAAUCUUUUACUACUAAGAAAGACCUUUAUCAACAUCAGAGAGUUCAUACGGGAGAAAAGCCUUAUCAAUGCAGUGAAUGUGGGAAAUCUUUUACCCAGAGCAAUGCCCUUCGUUAUCAUCAGAGAGUUCAUACUGGAGAAAAGCCUUAUAAAUGCAGUGAGUGUGGGAAAUCUUUUACCCGGAGCAUUGCCCUUCGUUAUCAUCGGAGAGUUCAUACAGGAGAAAAGCCUUAUAAAUGCAGUGAUUGUGGAAAAUCUUUUAAAGGUAGAAAAGGUCUCCAAUAUCAUCAGAGAGUUCACACUGGAGAAAAGCCUUAUCAGUGCAGUGAAUGUGGGAAAUCUUUUCCCGUUAGCAAUGACCUUCAUCGUCAUCAGAGACUUCAUACAGGAGAAAAGCCUUAUCAAUGCAGUGAAUGUGGGAAGUCUUUUACCACUAAUACCAUCCUUCAUCGACAUCAGAGAGUUCAUACAGGAGAAAAGCCUUAUAAAUGCACUGAAUGUGGGAAAUCUUUUAAAAGGAGCAGUAGUCUCCAGUAUCAUCAGAGAGUUCACACUGGAGAAAGCCAAUAUGAGUGCAAUUAAUGUGAGGUAUAUCCCAGCCAAAUUUCUAAAUUCGCUCCGUGCAUAAGAGUACAAAUGAGAGAAAUUUCUUAGAUGUGUAGGAAAUUUAAUUUCUUAGUUUGGACAUAACAAUAGUACAGGAAAAUUUCUGAAUCCUCAUUUUUCGGAAUUGUAUCUCAUUUAUUUAAUCACCUAUAUUCUGUAAAGCUCCCAUAAGUGUUUUUGCUUUUCUGUUUGUGUGGUUUUCGUUGGCACACUGUGUAAUUAUGUUGCACGUUCUAACAUACAGAGAUGUCCUGCCAGAUCUAUGUCACUGCAUAUUUCUGUUGCUGAAGACAUUUCACCUGAACCACCUAUAAGGCCCCUACAAAUGGCAUCAGUCACCAUCCUCAUGUGCCCAGGGAAGCUAACUCUGUUGUCGAAUUUGUUGAAGAAAAUGAGGAAUACCUGAGCCCUUGUUUCUUACUUGUUUCCCUGUCAUGAGUCGCCACAUAGGACUGAUUACUGUUGGCCCCAGUAAACAUAAUGUUGCAGAGGGACUGCCAUUUUCAGGGACAUGCUUUGCCUGAACGCUGGUGGUGAGUUUAUUGAGUACUUAGUCGUCAAUGGAAGAACUGCCAGUCUCCUCUCUCUUUGGUAGGUAAAAUAAUGAAGGCUUUUUCCUAAGACUUCUUUAAUCUGGGGUGUUCUAUUUACUGUGUAGGUUAGCUUAUAGAAAGAUUUGGGCUCUUCAAUGGUGAUGAGGUGAAAACUUGUUUGGGUUCUUAAACAUUUUUGCCUUUGGGGGAACAGUAUGGUGCAGGAUUAGCUCAGCAGUUUUUGGCAAAUUUACACUGUGCCCAUAUUUUCCUUGGAAGCACUGUGGACUCUCUAAUCGUCCUGUGAUGUUUGGAUGCUUUGAGACACAGAGAUCACUGCAAAGAGGGGGUAGCUGUGACAACCUCAAGUAUGUCUGGGAGCAUGAACUUAUUUUCUCAUUUGCAAGGGAUGCCAAUACAUGUGAAGGGAAUCUCUUGCCCAGGUCUUACAGAGGGCCAUGUGUCCUAAUGCCUACUGACCUGAUUGUUGUUGGGUGAGACUGCAGCCCAUUAGAUGGAAUGGUCCUCCUCUAACUGUGCAUCCAGGAAUUAGUUUGAGGAAAAGACAACAGGAGCUGUGUGUACACAGAUCUGAGGGACUGCAGGUAUUUUAUUUUUUGUGAAGGAGUCAUUAUCAUUGAUUAGAAUCAAGAUGGUUUGUGGCUCCUGUAGCUUCUCAGAUGUUCCCAUCAGAGCCAUUGGUGUGCUGGCAGGAAAACCAAGAUGGAGACUAAGGCCGUCCUUGGUCCAGGGAUGUGGCUUUUGUGGAUUUUGGUGAAAGUUCUUCAUUGUUUGUUAAUUUUCUGUCACUGAGAUGAGACUCUCACUCAGAUGGCAGAAGUAUGUGGAUUGAAUAUAGAGUUUCCAAACCUGUUCUUCCAGAAUAGGUGAAUGUACAUUUGUUUUAUUGUGAACUAUUGUUAACAGCUGUAAUGAGUAUGCACAUGUGUUAAGUAUAUUAGUUUCCUAAAUCUAUAU